AUGUCACACAUUCUCUUGUUUAUAGCGAUAAUAUGUUGUAAUAUCGCAUUACUAUCAUCCAGUCAAGCUGCUAGUGCCCAAAAGGUUACAUUGGAAGACAUCUUUGUGGAUUCCUACAGAAUAGGAUCGGAACUUUCUGAAAAGGAUGAAGAGAAAAAGAAGCUUGUGUCCAAAGCUGUUGAACGUGUAUCCACCUCAUUCGAUGUGAAUGGCUACAAGUGGUUUCUGGAUAACUUAAUGAAUCGCAAAACAAAGGAACGCUUUACGCAGGCAUUGGUCCACCCAAUGUUUAAUAAGCCUCACUGUGACAGAGGCACUUGGACAGACUCUGUCAAUGGGUCAAUAUCGCAAAUUCCAUUUCCUGGAGGUCCAUACAGAAGCAGCGGCUAUGACUUGUCAAAAUGGAUGGCUAAUCUAUUCAAAACAGUAAGAACCCCCGCCUCGGCAAAUCAACCCGGCAUCGCAAAUAUGGCAAUGCAAAGUUUUGAUCAAGUAAAGGGAAUUAUACAGGCAGCAAUUGCUAUAGUAGUAGAUGUGGUACCUCCCUCUAUUCUAGGAACGCCAUUACCUUGCUUACCAAUGCUAACUGGUCGAAACUGUAUCGGUUCUGUAUUAUAUCCUAUAUCAGCUACAGAUUUUGUUGUGGCAGAUAUUAUAGAUUCAACAAUGAAUGGAAUAAUUUCGGCCUUUCCAGCCAAAUAUGCAGCAAAGGUUGGUAGAACAAGCGAUGUGCAGUAUAAAAUAUGCGCAACCGCAUAUCUAGGAAUGUACUGUGCAAGUUUAUUUCCAAUGUGUGCAACUGGAGCGGCACAGGUAACCCAGACGUUUCCUAUUUGCUUUGUUCAAUGUUUGGCUACUCUUGUAGCAUGUCCUGGGUUUUGGAUCGAUGAUAUAAUCGGUGCUUGUGGUGGAGACGUAUCUGUCCCUCCAUUCUGCUCAUUUUCCCUAUUCGUAAACCAUCCAAGAAUACCUCCUCAAUACACCACAUAUGAAGCAUCCAAGCUUUAUCCAGAAGCAUGUCCAAAAUAUGAUAGUAAAUUAGAUAUGCCUCUUGACCUUUACAAGGGUGAGGUUCCUCACUCUGCAAUUGAUGAUGAAGCCAAAGAACAUGUCUCUAUUGCCAAGAACCUAGAAAAGGAGUUAGGGGAAAGCAUGGGUGCAAGUCAACUAAAACCCUGUGAUUGUGAUGCGAUUAAAACAAUUUGCCAAUUACACGUGCCAUAUCCAAUACACAUUUUACCUACUGCAACCGUUUCUGAAACACACUAUCAAACACCAGAAUAUAUAAGUGAAGAUGAAAAACGAUGUUGCAUAGAAUGUAAACCAAUUUGGGAAGCGCUAUACUCUGUAUAG